ACGCACAUACCCACAGCUCCUACCUGGUGGCACCAUGCAAUCCUUGUGGCUCUGUUGGGUACUGUGGGUGCUUCCCCUGGCUGGGUGUGGGGCAGCUGUGACUGAGGAGCAGGUCCUGACCAGACUACUGCAGCAGCUGCAGCUCAGCCAGGCUCCCGUCCUGGACAAGGCUGAUGUGGAGGGAAUGGCCAUCCCUGCCCAUGUGAAGGCCCAGUAUGUGUCCCUGAUGCAUCGAAGUCAUGUUGACCGCUCCCGAGGCAAAAGGUUCAGCCAGAACUUCAGAGAGGUGGCAGGCAGGUUCCUGCUGUCGGAGACCUCCAAGCACUUGCUAGUGUUCGGCAUGGAGCAGAGGCUGUUGCCUAAUUGCGAGCUGGUGCAGGCGGUGCUGCGGCUCUUCCAGGAGCCUGUCCCGAGAACUGUUCUCCGGAGGCACGAGAGGCUGUCUCCACACAGUGCCCGCGUUCGGGUCACCAUUGAGUGGCUGAGAGUUCGUGAGGAUGGCUCCAACCGCACCACCCUCAUCGACUCCAGGCUCGUGUCCAUCCACGAGAGCGGUUGGAAGGCCUUCGACGUGACCGAGGCCGUGAAUUUCUGGCAGCAGCUGAACCGGCCCAGGCAGCCACUGCUGCUGCAGGUGUCGGUGCAGAGGGAGCACCUGGGUCCGGGGACCUGGAGCGCACACAAGUUGGUUCGCUUUGCUGCUCAAGGGACUCGGGGCAGAGAGGGGCGGGGCGAGCCACAGCUGGAGCUGCACACGCUGGACCUCAAGGACUACGGAGCCCAAGGCAAUUGUAAGCCUGAGGCCCCAGUGACUGAAGGUACCAGAUGCUGCCGCCAAGAGAUGUACCUUGACCUGCAGGGGAUGAAGUGGGCUGAGAACUGGAUCCUUGAACCCCCGGGGUUCCUGACUUAUGAGUGUGUGGGCGGCUGCCUGCAGCCACCAGAGUCCCUGACCAUCAAGUGGCCAUUCCUGGGGCCACGGCAGUGUAUUGCCUCAGAGAUGACCUCCCUGCCUGUGAUUGUCAGCAUGAAGGUGGGAGGCAGGACCAAGCCCCAAGUGGUCAGCCUGCCCAACAUGAGGGUACAGACAUGUAGCUGUGCCUCUGAUGGGGCGCUCAUACCCAGGGGGAUAGAUCUGUAGUCCUCAUGUAGCCACACUUAGUAAGUUAACUUGU